AUGGCUUCAUGGCGAGAGGCUCGACGUUUUCUAAUUCUAAUUGUUUCGUUAGCCGUUUGUCUUAACAUUAUUGCAGUGAAAGGAGAAGGAAAACUUGCCUGUGUAGUUCAAAAUACCGAUGACAAAACUCUUCAUGUAAAACUCGGAUGUGACUCGUCGGAGCCGCGCGCAGUAGCUUGGGGGAAAUUUCGGGACGAAAUUCAUUCUACAGGGUAAGUACUGAAGGAAAUAAAAGCAAUUAUGAGUCAGUAAUGCUAUUAAAAAUAAUACUGCUCUAGUUUUAAAUCUCACUUAUCGCAUUAAAGUAAAUUGUAAGACUACAUUUUUUGAAAAAAAGAGGAAAAGAGGGAGUUAAGCUUAUGUAAUUUACUUACUGUCUCGUGUCUCAAAGAGGAGGAAAUAAUAGUAAUACAAUCGUGGACAUAAGUGGUGGUUGGAAAGUUUGAGAAAAUUAUUCUCGUUAAAUGCUUAUUUUUUUUCUAAUUUAAUUUAAUUGCACAUAUGGCAGACCAAAUGUGCAAGUUUCCAGCGGUCAACACUUAUUUCCAUCCGCCAAACUGACGUUGAAGAUUAAUGAUUCGUACAGAAAGUAAGGGUUAGGGUUAGGGUUGUUGCUAUAUAUAUUCAAAUCAAACCAUUCAUUGUCAGCAAAUCCUCGGUGGUGUAAGGGUUAAAGUGAUGCACUGCAGAGUUGAAUCGAAUCCUACUCGUGCCAUCCUGAAUUUUUUUGGUCCUUAAAAAUUGAAGAGACUUUGACUUUAAUUUUAUGAACAGAAAUUUCAAGAUACAGAGAAAUUUCAUGUAAGAAAAGUGAAAUGUCUUGUGAGAGCCACUGAGAGGAAAAUGUCAGUUUGGCGGAUGGAAGUAAGUGACGACCGUUUCCAGCAGAUUAUACAACAUUCACUUUUGGAAUGGGGUCAGUGUAGCCAACCCCCCAAGUCUUGCCCUAAUGGCUAGCUGGAUUUGUUCUUAGAAGUCCCCAGUUCAAGGGCACUUUCCAUUCAGCAAAAUUCCGGUUUGAAAUUUCGCAUGCCCAGUGGAACAGUAGAUUCCGGUUGAAAAUACUCGACCCAACUGAGCCACUACACAUUUGGUAAUAUUGUUCUUGCAAGCAGGAUACAAAAGAGUGGUACUGGGGACAGCAAUUUUCUCAAAUGGGAAGGGACAUUUUGGUCCAACCUACUGAAAUGGCUAAACUGGUCAAAGAGGACCACCAUCAAAGCUGGUCCUGAAUAUUCUGGUAGGAUUAAACCGAAAUGGUCCUUUACAUUUGAUAACAUACCAACCAAAAAUUUCGAAAUUUUGGGUUGAAUGGAAAGUGCCAAAAAUCCUUGAUCACACUUGUAAAUAGCCUCUCGCCAGUUGGGAUUCUUAACCCUGUUAAGUUUGAUUUGAAUUAUUGUUUCAGACAUCUGCUCGGCCCAACUAGCAUCAGUGCAAUAAAUAUUGCUGAGGGUAAAUAAUAUAAAAAAGAAAAGAAAAGGAAAGAAAGAAGUGGCCAUGGGGUGGUACGGAGGAGGAAGGUUGGGGAGGUGUACAUAUUACACCUCAUGUACAGUUGAACCCUGCUUUAUGGACUUAUGCUUAAUAUGGACACCUCAUUAUUACGGACACUGUUUUCUUUCUCCCUAGCCUUUACAUUUUCUCUAAAUUCAACCCACUUUAUACGGGUGUUAUAGUUCAGUUUUAUCCUUGGUUUAAAGUUCAUUUUUCUUUGUUUUUGGGUAUGGUAAUGUGUGAUAAUGAGUUUGAAACAAAGUGAAGCAAAAUUUGUACUAAGAAUAAAAAUAAUGGAUCCUCAACACAGACAGCCCAUUGAUAUGGAUACCCAAUUAAUAUGGACACUUUCUAUUGCCCCCGUAGUGUAUUUUUUUGGACAGUGGCCGGACACGAUGACUGACCAAAGAAAUUUUUUGUUUGGUCAAGUCUGGUUUUCAGACCAGUCUAAACAAUGGGAAAAAAAUGAACUAAUCCUUGUGUAAUUUUGUAUUAGUGAACGUCAUUGUAUUUUUACAAAGAGACAAUCUAAGGGCGCUUUCCAUUUGUCAGAACUGACUAGCCAGCCCAUUCCCACCUUAAUGAGAAUUUCACUUUUAAUAAAAACUAGCCAUCCAGAUCAGUCUAUCCAAAAUAUUAUACACAGAGGGGAGGGUUUUUCAGCUAAACUUCAUGGAAAAAGCCUAUUUCGUUGCCAGAAAGUCUGGUCCAGCCAUGGUCCGGCCUGCCAGUUCUGACUUUUGGAAAGCGCCCUAAGAUUUACGGGUGAGUGUUUGGCUGUUUGUUCAAGAAUAGGGGUCUGUGUGACCUCGGAGUCAACAUUCCCGGCAAGUGGAACUUUUGGCCGGUCAAGACACCAUUCUGGCCGGACAUUGUUCAUUGACUGGCCGUUAUUUUGAGCCCUGGUUCGACUGUAUCUUCAUGUACCUUCCCAAGAAGUUUGAGAAAAUAUUGAAGGGCAACAGUGCAAGUUGUCUUUUUAAAUCAUAACUUGAUAUAUAAGAAUUCCUUUGUUCAUCGGCAAGGGUCAACGUUGCACAGAACCUGCUGGAAUGGGUAAACUUGGUAAGGGUUUCAUUGGAUGCCCAUGGUCUUCAAUAUUUAUAACCCUGUUUCAAGAAAUCUUUAAAGUCAAAACAAUCACCUCAGCCUGGAAGUAGGCCAAUUUGGAAUACCUUAGCUGGUAUUAAGUAAAAGUGCAAUAUCGUUCUAAAGCUUCUUGCAUCUAAAGUUGAGAUCAAGUGCACUUUCCUUUUUUCAAUAAAAUGUUAUAAUUAUGUUUGGAAAAUUUGGUGCAAACAAACAAAUAUUAUGGUGAAGAUGGAAUUUCCUUGAUAAAUUGGCUUGGCCCAACUUGUCAAUUUCAACGGAAACUCUUUAUACCAUUUUACGUACAUCACUGCCUUUUUUUAUUUAAAGACUACUUACCUUGACAGGACUAGCUCAGUCGGUAGCUUGGCCGCUGAGUGGGAGGUUGUGGUUUUGAUCCACAGGGUCAGACCAAUACUGAUCAGGGUCUCCAAAAAUCUAGAAAUGAAGGUACUGCCAUAAUUUGCUUUAAAAGGGUAGACCUAUGCACAGCUCAAAUGACCACCUUAAUUUUUAGGUCCCAUCUCCAGUUGGAGAUGCAAUGAUGGUGUUCUCAUAGUCAUUUGUGCUAAAUAACCCCGGGGGGGAACUCCCAUAUAUGGGCAAUAUAGGUACGUGCCGCGGAAUAGGGUAUGUUUUUUGAGGUUCUUGGUCCUUAAAUGGGGUAUCUUUUUUACCCUUUUGUUUCUGUGUUCCUGGUGUGGUCCUUAGAUAGGGUAGCUUAAUUGUCUUAUCUAAUACUGGAGUGUGAAAACGCCCGCCUAAACGAAGAUUUUUGUAAAAACUAGGCUUAUUCUAGUAUUUUAUUCUUGAUGCUAUACAUCCAAUGUUACAGAGAAGAAACAUAGUUUUCCUUUUCAUGCUAUUAAUAAUUUUGUUUUUUCCUUGAAUAGGGUGUCAUUUUUCGGCUUUCGGCCUUAAAAAGUUUAUCAGUUUUCGCUUUCUUAGUCCUUAAAUAGGGUUAGGGUUCUAAACCUUCGCGGCACACCCCUAUCUAAAAUUCGCAGGAGCACCCCCCCCCCUCUCCCCCCCGGGUAAAUAACACUCAAAGUGCAUUUAUUUUGUAAUAAUAUCAUAAUUUUUGUGAUAGAUGGUCAUUCCUUGAGGUUCACUCAAAUGGCUCAUAUCCAGAUAUGACUCAGGCAAUGGCAGUGGGAAUGACUGAGGGAUUUCUAACUGGAGAAUUGAUGUACAAAGCUUAUCAAAACACCCUGGCUGGUUACUGUGAUUCUGAGCCAGAAUUCUGCAUGAAGCUUGGCAGGUUUCUUGGUGAAAAUGAAAAAUGGAUGAUGGCACAAAUUACUAGUAACCCUGGUGACAAAUAUUGGUACCAGGUCAGUUAAAGUGUAUACUGCUUUAUGGGCAGGGUUAAAACAAGGUGCAGCUAAAUGGUUAAAUAGACUUUAACCAGUACGAACUGUAAGUUUAUUUACUGAUAACUUAGAAAAUCUGAUGUAGCCGUAAUUACUAUUACACUAAUAUUGACAUUUUGACUACUAAGGGAGAUUAAGAGUCACGUUUUCAGCAAAUAAAGAGCAAAUUUCAGAUCCAAUUUUAAUUUUAUUAAUAUUAGAUAAAAAUAAUUUGUAGAAACUGUGAGGCAUGGUUUAAGAAUUAAAGUACCUAUCGGCUCCAUCCCUAAAUGCUAAAAAUAAAGUUGCAACAUAAUGAAAGUGAAUUAAACACUCUUAUAAAUAGGAAAAGCAAAUAAGCGUACAUGUAUAGAUCUACAUGCAUAGCUUAUUCAAUUAACUGAAGAUAUAUAUUUUAAAGUAAUACUGCACUGCCAACCUUCUGAAUCAGUUUUAUGGAUUGACUUUUAUAGUGUCGUAAUCAUUGGCCCUCUGUAGCAGCAAGAAAACCAAACUGUUAGCCCUCAAUUAAUCAAUACCUUAUUUGAGUGUCAAACUAACAUAGCAGGGACCACUAAAUGGGGACACUAUAAAUUAAAAUAAGCAGCUAAUUUGUAUCAAUUUAAAUUGAAUAAAUAAAACUAUUUACAAGUACAAUCAUUAUUGACUAGAGACCAAAGUGUAAAAUUAAAGAUUAUUACAUGUGUGUUACUGCUGAAUUUUAAAAACAAACUACUCAUAAGAGCUUAAGCCCUGAACUUGUCAGUGUUAUUGCAUCAGUUAUAGUAACGUACUGUAACUUCAAUACAAAAUACACUAUGUUGGGCUAAUGUCAGGUUUAAUUCAUGUUAUUAGGUGAAGCUUAUUCUUGCACAGUCUGAAGGCCUCAAAAAGGGUUAUGCAGCAAAUGCAAGCCUUCCCUCUAUUUCGGAUUUUGCAUUCCUGUAAGUUAUGACAUAUGAUGAUUGCAAAGAUGUUUGUAUUGAAGUUAAAUUGAUCCAGGAAUGAUAUAUGUUGCCUGAAGUAAGAGAAAAAAGAAAAAGAUUCAAGUCUAAAAUACCUAUAAAUUUUAUAGUGAUGAUUAUUAUUUAUAACAAAUGCAGUUACCAUAACUCUUGCCUUGUGGACACCUCUCUAAUAUGGACACCUUGCUAAUAUGGACACCCCACUAAUGCAGACAGCAGCUAAAUUCCAGGAAAAAUCAAAUUACAGGUGUUUGACUGAAAUAAACUACUGCUAAUACGGACUCUUGCCAAUGAGGACACUAAUUAACUUGAGGUCUCUGAAGUGUCUACUAUAAAGACUAUAGAGAAGUUGACUGUAGUUAUUAUUAUAAAUAAUAGAUAUUAAUAAGUUAUUGUUUUUGAUGAAGUGGCAAAUUGAAAUAUUUUACCACAUAAAAUGAUAGAGUAUUAAUUUUUGAACGUUUUGUUUUGGGCACAAUAAACAGAUAAACUAAAUAAAUGCAGGCUACAAUUCAGUGAUUUCUCUUUUCUGUUUUCUUUGUUUUUUACAGAUUAGCGCAGGCGGAUGGUGACUUACCAGUAUUGGAGCAGGUGUUAGGAAAAAAGAACAUACAUCAUGUGAUUGGUUCAGGAUCCUGUUCUGCACUAAUCAAACUGUUGCCAGGCAACAAAGACCUUUUCAUUUCUCAGGUUACGUGGAAUUCAUAUUCAGGAAUGCUGAGGGUGUUUAAACUUUAUGAUAUCCCAGUCAGUGUGAGUGGAGAUAAAGGUAAGUCAUAUGACCAAAAAGCUGGCCUUUUUACCAGAAACUACCCUCUCCUCCUUGUUGAUUGCAAGUAGGCUUCAAUGAGAAUCAUACAUGUACAGUCAAAACUCUCCCACCAUAAUUCAACAGACUCCUCUCUAUUACAGACAAUUCUGUUGGUCCCUUUGAUUUCUUAAGUCUCACAUUACUGUUAAACACUCCACAAGCGUAAGCUGUAAAUGAUGUUUAUUACAAGAACAAACUACAUACUGUCCAAUUACAUCAGCUACAACACAUGGUUCGUCCUCACUUUUCCUGGCAAUCCUCAUGGUAUAGACACACUCAUGUCAUUUACCACUCACAUGUGUGUCGUCACGCUACAUUGCAGCUCUUAUCUUCCUGUUUUUUCUGUCUAGUGUAAAUUAAUACUUCUACAAUGUAGUUAAUUCACAAGAAAAAAUAACGGAUUCCCAUUUUUGGAUAUUUUAUGGUAUUUAAAGAAUACCCAUAAAAAUCCCAACCAGGGAAUUCCGAACCAAGUUCCAUGAUUGGGACUUGUCUCACUCUUCCAAAUUUGGGAUUUUUGUGGGUAUUCUUUAAAUAUCCAAAAAUGGGAAUCCGUUAUUUUUUCCUGUGUAAUUAAAACCUGAUUCUGCUACAAUAUUAAGUUUUAUAAUUGCUGGUUAAUAUUUUAGGAGACAUCAUUCCAGGAAGAAAGCAGAGUUUUUCCUCAUACCCAGCCAGUAUGACUAGUGGUGAUGACUUCUACAUGUUGAGCAGUGGCAUGGUCAGUGGACCAAAAAAUUGUUUUUAUGAUUUUGUGCUAUUAUUAUUUUUGCCAGGAUGUACUCAUGUUUGUUAUUCUACCCUCAUCGUCAGUCCAAAACGGUAGAGACCGCUUAACCCUUUAAGCCCCAGUAUCCACAUACCAAUUCUCCAAACUGAUCUCUAUACAUUUCUUUAAAGAGGUAGUUGAGAGAAUUUGAUAAAAGAUCGAAGCAAUUUCUCUUUAGUGAUCAUUUCAGUAAUUCUCAUAACCUUAUCUCCUGAAAAUGUAUGGAUAUUGUUGGGAGAAAAUUGAUGUUGAUCACCUUUGGGGCUUAUAGGGUUAAGCAGUCUGUGCCCCUCCCUCAGAUCCCUUCAUGCAUGAGAAGAAGACCCAUACCACCAGUAGAAAGGGGCUUUGUCACGAGGAUAUGCACUGUUUUUGGUCAAUUCUGUACUGAAGGCAUUACAGUCAGUGGCGGAUCCAGACCUCCUGUUAAGGGGGGGGGGCUGAUCAUCCAGACCCUGAGAUAAGGGGGGACCUGGUCUCAAAAAACAUUUUUUUCAACCCUUGGAACUCAGUUUGGUCAAAAAAUAGGGGGGGAGGGGGGUAGGCAGCCAGGCCCCUCCCUUUGAUCCUCCACUGACAUGUACUUAGUGCCUUCACACACAAAAUGCCUCUGUGGAGUCAUGAACAAGAUAUCAAACAACUGUCAUCAGAGAGCACUAACAAUAAUUAAUUUCUUGGUGAUUUUGCAGGUUUAGCAUUAAAACUCCAUGACUGUCACUAUGGGCGGGGGGGGGGGGAAUUUUCCCUGUAUCAUAGUUUGUUAUGUGGUGGGGGUGUACCAUGUUCUGCUUACCUACUCUGUGUGGUGAGAAAAAAAAAAAAAAAAAAAAACCAAAAAAAAAAAAAAAAAAAAAUAUUUUUUUUUUUUGUUUUUUUGGGGGUUUUAAAAUAAAACCCUCUGGAUUGUUUGGGGGGGGGGGGGGGGGGGGAAUUUUCCCUGACUACUGUUAGGAUGAGCACCGGCUAUUUUCAUAGCAAACAAAAUGAAAAUGAGAUCAAAAGAACUCUAUGGCUAUUCAGUUCACCACCUGCAUACUGUACUAAUUGCAAAUAUGCAUAAACUUGCCAUCGUUGGCAACAUAUGACAGGAAACCAUUUCAAUGCCUAAAUUUAGUCUUAAUAUCAAAACAUUAAAUAAUAUCCGUGUAGCAGUGAUAAUUAGUUUGAUAAGGAAAGAGGGAUGAAGCAGUGACAAAGACAAUUAUGAGUAAUGUUUCGAUAGGUUCUACAGUUUUGUUUUUUCUUAUUUGUUGUUUGCAUAACAGGUAUCUCAGGAAACCACUAUUGGAAACAGUAACCCAGACCUGUGGAAAUAUAUUACAGAGACUGGUAUUGUUCUAGAGUGGAUUCGUUCUAUUGUGGCCAACCGAUUAGCAAGUACCUCGGGAGAGUGGGCCUACUUAUUUUCAAAAUACAACAGUGGAACGUAAGUUAUAGGCCUUCUGAAAGAUCUACAUGUAUUCUCUGUUAAAUACCUCCUUCCUAUAAGCUAAGUUAGACCUUUUUCGACAGUGGUUUGGUAUUUUUUAGAACACUCAACCAGAUCAAGAGAAAAUUAGUUAGCUCAUUUCCUCUUGCCAGCUACAUGUAUAAUCAGUCAAAUAAUAAAUGAGUCGGUCAAUAGGUAAAUCAAAAAAUCAGAAUUAAGAAAUAUAAGACAAAAAAAGACUAAAACACUUCAAGACUGCAAAUGAUACAUGUAGCAGUAGUCAUGGUUUGCUGACAUUUUGUAAAUGAAUAGUCUCUUUGCGUUGUAAGGGAAUUUAUAGCACUAAACCAGUGUUGCCAUGCACAUUUGUUCUGUUAUUGGUCAGUUAACGUUGGGUUUAAUACAGUUGCUUGCGACCACUCUUGUAAGUGACCAGCUUUAGUUAUGAGCAGCACUGUGAAACCCUGUUUGAAGUAUGACUUAAACUCUGAAUUGAAAAGAAAUAAUUUCUUUUCAAGAAAAGCUUAUUUUUCCGCGCGUCAUCAGCAGUUAUUAGGGAGGUUAGGCAACGACGACGGCAACGGCAACGAGAACGGCAAAAAAGCAAUGAGUUAAGAUUAGCAAAACAAUACCUGUGCACGUGUAUCACGCCUUUUUUUACAUUUUUUUUGCUGUCGUUGCGUGACAACAACGUAAAACUUCCUAUUUUCACGUUUUGUGGAGGAAGUGAAUACUGACAAGACAAUUAUUUUCUUUUUGUUUUCCUGAACUUCGAUGCAGUCCUUUAGAAUUUCACUCCAGAAAAAUUCGGCUUUUUUGUCGAAUUGAACGAGAUGGAAUUUUACACGCGAUAAAGUUUGAAGCAGCUAGCUCUUUUUCUCUUCUUAAGUGACGUUUUUGUUAAAUGUAGGUGUCGCCGUCGUCGUUGCUUAAGCUUCCUGUUAUUCCCCUUUGCUGAUUAUGUUCGGAGAAGUUGAAAAGAGGCUCUCCUUUUAUAUUCGUACUCUUUAAGUAAGUGUAGGAGAAGGAAGGGCGCUCAUUUGCAACAUGUUGUUUGCCUAGCGGGCGGGGUGGGGGGGGUGGGGGGUUGGGGUGGUGCCAAGGGGAAAGGUGGGGUAGGUUUGAUGCAUGUAUACUCUUCCUGUAUUUUCAAUUUUUUAUUUUCCUCAAUACUUUUUGUUGUUGUGUUCUUUCUUUUCUUUUUUUUCAAAUCAAUCGACACCUGUAUCUGUUGCUGCCCCUUGUGGUACUUCAUGCGAUGAAAACGUUUUUCUGGAACAGCUACAACAAUCAGGUGUGUGCCACUUUCGACGUUAGUGUGCUUGGAGUAGUUUUCUUUCUAGAAAGUCUGUUCUGUUAAGUCGAAAAGUAGAAACUUAAUUUACCUUGAUCAAACUAUCCUGGCUUUAAGAAGGGACUAUGGCAGAAUCUCUAAUGUCUUCUUGUUGUGCAUGGCCAAGAGGUUACCGGGUCCUGGACUUAAAUCUGGACCUCUGCUCCCUGGUGGAGUCCCGUUCCGAUCAUGAUUUAGCCUGCGUAGCGGGCGUUUGAAAGAAGUGCGCAAGAGAUAACGGGGCAUGCGUGGGAGACACGCGAGGAGAGAAGGAACGGAAAAAAGUGAUUUUGAAGCCUCUUGGGCAGGCGCUACCUCUCCCCUCGCGUGUCUCUCCCGCGUGCCCCGUUCUUUCUUGCUCCCUAUUUUCAAGCACCUUGCGCUGGUUCAAACGUUGGAUAGCGCAAUCCACCGGAUAAAUCACUAUCCAGCGGAUAAGUAUCAGGGAAACCAAUUGCGUUAUCCACUAGAUAGAUCUUUAUUCGGUAGAUAGCGCUAUCCAACCUUUGAAAAACCGGGGCCUGCUACGCAAGGUUAUCAUUAUUCUUCAGUCAGGCUUAAAGAAAAACAGCUUUCGUUCCAUUUGAAAUAAGUAUUUGUUUCCAGUGUUGUGUUUUAUGAUCCUUGUACAAGCCCCUCGGUGGGUUGAAAAGAUAAUUCAUUUAUCAUAUAUUUAUUUUCUUGCAAAUUUAUUAGUGGAUGGUUCUUGAUUACAAACGAUUCACACCUGGAGAGAACAUCAAGCCUGGAACACUGUGGAUCCUGGAACAGCUACCUGGGAUAAUAGAAUCAGCCGACAUGUCUGUUUUCUUACAAGAGAGCACCUACUGGGCCAGUUACAACAUACCGUAAGCGCAAACGACAGAUUUAUACCAUUUUUAUUAUAAUUACAUUGUAUUAUUCACGCACCUAAUUCGCACAAUUACAAAUUAAUAAAUUAUACUAACCGUAAUUAGCCCCUGCGAAUAGGAGCGGGUAGUGCGAUUAAAUUUAGACUGAUAAAUUACAUAAAUUUUUAGUAUUUAACAAUAUAAACAAUAUAGUGAAAAGACCUUUCCAGUAUUCCACUCCAGUGAUGACACACAAUGAAACCAGGUCAAAGCUUGUCAAAUUCACACUCUGUAUAAAUCACUGAAUUUUUUUAACUCGAGUCUCUAGUUGGUUACACUGGUUGAAGGCGAAGCCGCGAAUCACCUUAAGGACAUGACCGAAACCUGUAACCUCGCAUGAAAAGUCUCAGGGACACAGCGUAUAAGUUGGUGCCUUUGUUUACAGAAAUCCAGUAAAAGGUCUAUUACAGACGGCAAGCAGUGUUGAAAGAAUUAAUUCCUGAAGAUUAUGCCAGCGACUGAGACUGGUAAUCGCCUCAAAGAUCGUCUCAAGAUAAAAGCUUUAAAUUCUGAUCACCCUUGAGGGCAAAGAUGUUUGAACGCAUAAUUUAUGACCAGCUGUGUAAAUACUUGAAAGAUAGUAAACUACUGUCAAAUCACCAAUCUGGCUUUCGUACUAUACUCACUCCACCGUUACUGCCUUGCUUGAAGUAAGUGAUAGUGGUCAUUGGAUAGUGACCACGCCAACAUUAAUGCCGUUGUCUUUCUAGACCUCAGAAAGGCUUAUUAGCAUACCUUACCGCUAUCUUAACUUGACUGCUACGGUAUAACCGGCCCCGAAAGAGACUGAUUCAGGUCAUAACUUAGUGGUCGUUCACAUUCCUGUGUAGUAAACAGCUGUGAGUCGGUAAGACAAUUGUCACGAGUGGUUUGCCCCUUCGUGACCAUUUUAGGCCCCUUAUUAUUUUAUUGUACAUAAAUGACUUGCCCAAUUGUCUGCAUUAUAAUUCUCAACCGAGAAGGUAGGCCGACGAUACAGGCAUUACCUACGCUAGCAAUGACAUCAACGAUUUUAAUGAGAAGCUUAAUUAUGAUCUGGACGGGGUCUAUGUUUGGCUUGUAGCUAAUCAGAUAAGCUCACGCUAAACAUGAAAAAAACCGAGUUUCUCCUCACUGGCUGAAGACAAAGACUAUCUAACGUAUCGGAGAAACCUUAUAUAUAUUGUCGUCAAUGAAGCUCCAGCUAAACAGGUUUUAGUCCCUAAUUCCCUAAAGUGAAUAGGGAUGACCAUAUUCAGAUGAUUUCUAAAAAGGUUGCUUCUGGCAUUACUGCAAUUAAGCGCGUCAGAAUCUUUGUUCCUCGUGAAACCUUCCUCACUAUUUUUCGCGCUCUUUUACAGCCUCGCUUCAAAUACUGCAGCACGGUCUGGGCAAAUUGUAAUAACGGCCUCCAGAAACUACAGAACCGUGCUGCUGGUAUAAUUACUUCUUUAAAUUACGGUGCUAGUCUGGUGAGCUCCUUCAGUUACUCAAUUAGCAUAAAUUUGAGCUGCAACGUAAGGUCGAUUUAUCUAUUCUUAUGGAUAAGGAUCUUAAUAAUGAAACUCCUGAGUAUCUGAGCUCAAAACUUAUAUUUUACGUAUUGACUCAACGUUAUAUAACUUAAGAAAUACGGUGAAAAAGAACUGGCAGUACCGCUUCCCCGUACUGAACACUUAAAAAAGAGUUUCAGUUAUAGUGGAUCAGUUUUGUGGAAUAGUUUGCAGGAUCAUUUAAGGCAGGCAUCGUCACUGACAAGUCUCAAAUCAAGUAUUCGUUGCCACAAUUUCCAAGAGCAAGGGUGUUUUUUACACGGCGUCCUUGUAAAGCAGGAAGUUUUCCCUCUUUAACGCUUCAUGUUAGUUUAAUUUAAGUAGAUCCAUUCUUAUAUUCUAUCGUAUAAUAUCAUUCGUUGCUAGUUUUUUUGUUUCUUUUUUCAUUCCUAGUAACUGCCUAAAGGACUUAACCGUUUCUAAAUGACGUUAUGUUGUGUUAUCCUAUAAUCUAAUGGAUGAACGUGUAAAUGAAAACAUAAAGUAAAUAUAUUUAGAUAAAAUGAAAUUUGCUUAACUUUGUUUGUUUUUUCUUUCAGGUAUUUUCCGUACAUUUACAACAUUAGUGGCACCAUGGCGAGUUACAAGAAGUUUGGUACAUUUUUUAGUUAUGCGGACUGUCCUCGGGGGCAGAUCUUCAAACGUGAUCACAGCAAAGUUGUUGACAUGGAGACUAUGAUGAAACUCAUGAGGCAUGGAAUAGUUUAUUUCCUGUUACAUGGUUCACUCUGUAACGACGGGAAAGCGUUUUCCUGGUUUAUCUUGGUGGGAAUUUUUAGAAUUUUUAGCGAGAAUGUCGUAGUGGCGGAAACAAGAUAUAAAAUGUUAGAAGGUUUAAAAUUUGCGAUCGGGAGAGGGCGUAACCUCCUUCAAUUAGGAUAACAGUGCUGACUUUUCUGAUGAAAAAAGUGCAGUGAAGCUUUCCGGGAUGUCUAUUUGUUUUGAGAAUACGCGAAAAAAAUCUCGUCCUCUUAGUCUUUCUCGUCUUCGAAUCUAAAAGUCUCUAUUCUCGCUAAAACACGUAAGAGAAUGACGGUGGCUAUCACGUUUAUCACGCUUAUUCACGCGCGCGCACUACUUAUUAUUGAGAAAAUCUCGUUCGCGUAGUCGCCUCUUCUUGGAAUUUAAAGGUCUCUAUCAACGUGCAUCAAAAAUAUCGUCUCUUUUGUUUUCUGCACAGAUUAAGCUUAGAAACUGUGUUGGUAUUUCAGAUACAAUGACUUUAAACAAGACCCUUUGUCUCGUUGUAACUGCACACCUCCUUACAGUGGAGAGAAUGGCAUCUCUGCUCGCUCAGAUCUUAAUCCCGCAGACGGAAAAUAUCCAAUUAGUGCACUGGGACACAGAAAGCACGGCGGAAUUGAUGCCAAGGUACGUCUCCCUUUGCUAUUAAGUUAUGUAUUUUAGCACAGACAGACGGGGCAAAAAGCAGCUUAGAGAGAAACUGAGCGAUUGGGAUUCUGAAGAAACCAAAAUUAACUAAUUUUCCGAUGGUACUGACUAAUCAAGUUUAAUACCAUCAACUGACAGUUAUGAACUCAUAUGAAUCUGAAGAUGACCAGCAUACAGAUUGUCGAAACGCCCGUCCGGUCAACAAUAGAGGAUUCAGCUGAUUCAGGACGGCACUCACUCAGACGGUCUUUAAUAGGGAGCUUAAGCAUAGGCGUGUUUCAGCAACGCACGUUGACCGGAAGUGAAAUCUUCUUCAUUUUAAAAUGAAUUGACAAAUACCAAAUUUGUAUUUCUUAGUCUCUUUCGUAUUAUAGACACGAUUUGUCCAAAACUUGGGCAAUGUACUUCAUCGCAGCGGAUUCAGUUUAAGGCCAUGCGUAGCCUUGACUACGAGCAGUCUCUAUAAAUUUGUCCUUCGAGUGAAACGCGUGAGACACGUAAAGGACCACCCGCAUGACUGAAGGCGCGAGAUGGGAGAGGCUCGACGCUCGCGCGCGUGCACUCCCCUCACUAAAUCUAAAGAUAAAGAGAGACUGCUCGCAAUCUACGUGUAGCCUUCCGUAGAGCGCAAAUAAAAAUAUUGCGAUGAGGCUUUGUGUUUCGCUUAGUCUCGUUCUUAACCUGUUGGCUUGAUAUGUAUUUAGAUAACAAAUUCAAAGAUGGUGAAGGAAUUGCAGUGCAUGGCGGUCAGCGGUCCUACCCAUGAUCAGCAGCCUGUAUUCAAGUGGAGCACAUCCGGUUGGAAACGUCCCAUGGGGCACCCAGAUGCGUGGAACUUUGAACCUCUCAUGGUCUCUUGGGAAUAA